CAGAGCGCAGGAGCCUACCACCAAAUAGGAAAUCAGUGUGACUGAGAGACAUAAAACAACUCCUUCUUUCAUCCCUCUUUCAUCUGUUUCCAUCUCCACAUGGCUGUUGCUCUUUUCUCCUUUCCCUCCUCUUUGAGCUCCUCUCGUUUUCUUGGACGAUAGCUGCAUCCAUGCAGAAUGGGUUGUGGCAAUUCCUCAGCCGCCAGCACGUCAGGAGGGGGACCUGCAGAAACUUCCAAAGAUUUGACAGAAGAACCCUCACCAGACGAUGAGAAAAGAAGGAACUAUGGCGGGGUGUAUGUAGGUCUGCCAUCUGACAUGACCACUGUGGCAGCCAGCCAGUCCAAGUCCACAGGCAAAGACUAAAAUAUAUAGAAGGGAAUCAUUGACAUACAACACAGGACUGUAGAUACAUUAUUCAAAACAUACAGGGACAUUUAAUUCACACGUUGAGAGGAGGAGUGUGCUCGGAUGACUGAUUCCCCAUCACAAUACAGCCUUCGUAAGAGUGAGAGACCGUUCCCUGGCCCGGGCCAUCAGGCAGAUAUGAGGUCAGCCUACUUGGUUCCUGAGGAAACUGUGUCAGAGUGGCACCAAGUGGAGGCUCAAUGGACACCUUUUUCUGAGGAUUCUUUGCCCUUCUUGACACUCACAUAGAUCUGGACAGCAAAACCAGAGCAGUCGGUGGCCGUGGGGAGAACGUGAGCAUUUGGACCAACAUCCUGGACUAUAGGUCAAUGUUCUGGAGCAGCUUCUUGGGCUCAGGAAGAGACGUGAGACAAACACAGCCACUCUGAGACUCCUCCUCGACAGGCUGUGCCAGCGGCGGACAGGGACAAGAAUUCAAAUUUGAUCCACACCAGCCCACAUCACUGCAAGCACUGCCAACUCACCCCCAGUUACAGUUGGUGGCACCAGCCCAUGAUUUGGUAGGACCUAGAUCAUGAGUAAUCAUCUCAAAAAGUAAUUCAUAGUGGUUUAUUAAGAAGUGUAAUAAGUUGUUUCAUCUAACGCAUCCAAGCAGGAAUGCAUGACUCAAGAUAUUUUGUGCAUAAUCCAGUGAUUGUCAGGAAUUUUGUUAGACUAUAGUUGCUAUACUCCACUGUCAGUGGGGCUUGGCAGGGUUGUGUUUCGAUGCAUGACUCCAGAGUCCGUACGGGAGUUGCAGCAAUGGGACAAGACUAACUACCGAUUAGGGGUAAAAAAAAUUAUAAAAUAGCACUCCAGAAUGUAUAUUUUUUCAAUAGAAAUGAAUUACAUACAUCUUUAUGUGAACUAAACUACAAACAUAGGCUAAUUAAUUUGGGGUUCAACACCUGAGGAAGUGGAAACUCAAAACACAUUAAAAACCUCUACGGGAUCGGUGUCCCUAUAGUGGGACAGUUGAGGCUAACAUGCGCUAAUGUGACUAGAAUGAUGUUGUAAGUAACAGCAAACUUUCCAGGACAUAGACAUG